AUGGCAGCUGCACGACUGCGCAAGGCAUUUCAUUACCCUGACGAUUCAGGUGAUAAUGAGCAUGAACGCGAAGAGCUAGACGAGGAGGAGCAGGAGUUAGUAAUAAACCGCUUGCGAGUACAAAAUGAUAAGCACAAUGCAGAAUUUACUGUCACCUUCACUGCCAUCCCACUAUUAUCAGUCUCAGUAUUCAUUCCAUCAGUGAUUAAGCAGGGCGCAAGCUUACAGGAGCGUUUCCUCACAUGCUUGGGCAUUCUUUCAUUGAUAACUACGGCAUAUACUAUGAAAUACUUCCCCUUCCAGCACCCAGAUCUGAAGGGCAAAGGAUCUAUGCGAAGUUCAGGUACUAUUAUCACCCACUUUCGGAAGCUUCUUCUCCCUGUGAAUACUGCAAUAUGUGGCAUGUUGCUAUUAGUGUGGCUCUUCACCCCGGUGGAGCCACCUAGCGAUGUACAGCCAAAAGUAUAUUUUGUUCCUGGAGGUGAGUGUUUCUUGUAG